AUGGCCUGUAUCCUCUUCGCAGACAUCCCCACGGCCCGAGCCAUGGACCCGGCAACGGUAGCCCGUCUUGAGGUUCCCAAUGCAUUGGAUGUUGUGAGCGUGGCGCUAAAACCGCGCUGUGCUGAACGAACGCAGCGCGGCAAGUUCACCGGAUAG